AUGUCCAGUCAGACCAACAGUGCAGCCAGCAGCCCUAUCAAAUCGAGGAGAACCUCAUCAACAGCAUCAAAUGAGAGUACUCUCAGCCAUCACGAAUUGGAGUACAUGUCUCUACGCGAUGAGAACCUCAGCUACGAAGAUGAUGUCGACUUCCACAUCUUCAUUGAUGCCAUGGACCGUGUCGACUCGCUUGUCACAGAAAGAGUUCCCCGAAGAGGACGAAAGGAGUCAAUAGGCCGCCUGUUCAACGGACUCAACAACAAACUACGCCGAGACAGCACAUCAGGACCGGCAGCAGUGCUAGAAUGA